AUGGCGGCGGCGCUGAGGGACCCGCCUCAGGGUGGUGUGACCUUUCCGGAUGUUGCUGUGCGCUUCUCCUGGGGGGAGUGGAAGCUUCUUGAUGAGGCUCAGAGACGCCUGUACCUCAGUGUGAUGCUGGACAGCUAUGCACUUAUAUCCUCGCUGGGUUGCUGCUGUGGAGCAGAAGGUGAGGAGACACCCUGUGAAGAAACUGUUCCUGUAGGAGUGUCACAGGCUGGGUCUCCUAAGGCAGCUUCAUUUUCCCAGAAGACACACCCCUGUGAGAUGUGUGGUCCAGUCUUGAGAGACAUUUUCCAGUUGGCCGAGCAUCAGGGAACACAACACAGACAUAAACUGUUGAGAUGUGGGGCAUGUGCAACAAAAUUUUAUAUGCCUUUGAAUAGCAUCGUACACAGGGCUUCAUUUUUCAGGAGCCACAGAUUCCAAGUGUCACAGAAGCCUCUUACUUCUAGGAAGAUCCCGGCCAGCGUGGGAUAUCUGCAGCAACAGACCACUCAUCCUGUGGAGAAGCCAAGCAAAAUCACCCAGUGUGGGUCAACUUCACAAGACAGGAAAAAUCAUCACACCUGGGGAGAAUGCAAGAAAAUCCUCAGCCCCAAACACACACUUGUUCAGGACUGGUGUGUCUAUACUGAAAGACAGUGUUUUGUGUGCAGUGAAUGUGGUAAAACAUUCAGGUACAAAUCCGCAUUUGUUAUGCACCUGAGAGUCCACACUAGAGAAAGGCUUCACGUGUUUAGCAGAAGUGACAUAUCCUUUAGACAAAGCUCAACCAUCAGUCAACAUCAAACAAUUUAUACUGGUUCAGGACAGGACAAGUGCAGCAAAUGUGGGAAAUCCUUAACUCACAAGUGUGUCCUCAUUUACCCCCAGAGAUUGAACAGUGGAGAAAACAGUUCUGUGUGCAGUGACUGUGCAAAGUCUUUUUCCCAUAGCUCUGUGUUCAUUCGACAUAAGAGAGUAUUUUCUGGAGAAAGGUUUUAUAAGUGUAGUGACUGUGUGAAAUCUUUUACCUGUAGGUCUGCCCUCAUUUAUCAUCAGAGAUCUCACACAGGAGAAAGGCCUUAUGAGUGCAGUGAAUGUGGGAAGUCCUUUACCACUAACCGCACCCUCCGUUCUCAUCAGAGAUCUCACACGGGAGAAAGGCCUUAUAAAUGCAGUGAAUGUGGAAAGUCUUAUACCUCUACCAAUGCUUUCCAAUAUCAUCAGAGAGUUCAUUCUGGAGAAAGGCCUUAUGAGUGCAGUGAAUGUGGGAAAUCUUUUAUGUCUAGGUCUGCAUUCAUUUCUCAUCAUAGAUAUCACACAGGAGAAAGGCCUUAUGAGUGCAGUGAAUGUGAGAAAUCUUUUGUCUCUAGGGCUGCCCUCAGAUAUCAUCAGAAAUCUCACACAGGAGAAAGACCUUAUGAGUGCACCGAAUGUGGGAAAUCUUUUACCACUAACUCUAACUUCCUUUAUCAUCUAAGAGUUCACGCUGGAGAAAGGCCUUAUGAGUGCAGUGAAUGUGGGAAAUCUUUUACCAGUAGCUCUAACCUCCAUUAUCAUCAAAGCACUCACACUGGAGAAAGGCCUUAUGAGUGCAGUGAAUGUGGGAAAACUUUUAUUACUCCUGCUAUUCUUCGUUACCAUCAGAAAAUUCAUUCUAGUGAAUGGCCUUAUACGUGCAGUGAAUGUGGGAAAUCUUUUACCUCUAAAUCCAACUUCUGUUAUCAUCUGGGGGUUCAUUCUGGAGAAAGGCCUUGUAUAAGGUGCAGCGAAUGCGGGAAAUCCUUUACCAGUAGCAGUGCCCUCCGUUAUCAUCAGAGAAUUCAUUCUGGAGAGAGGCCUCAUGAGUGCAGUGACUGUGGGAAAUGUUUUAUGUCUGAGUCUGCCCUCAGAUAUCAUCAGAGAUUACACACAGGAGAGAGGCCUUAUAAGUGCAGUAAAUGUGGGAAGGCUUUUAAAACUAGCUCCAACCUCCGUUUUCAUCAGAGAGUUCACAGAGGAGAAAGGCCUUAUGAGUGCAGUGAAUGUGGGAAAUCCUUUACUUCUAUCUAUUAUCUGUGUUAUCAUUAUAGAUUUCAUUCUGGAGAAAAGCCUUAUAAGUGUAGCAAAUGUGGGAAAUCCUUUAUCCUUAGGAAUAGCUUCAUUCAACACCAGAGAGUUCACACAGGAGAAAGUCUUUAUGGAUGUAGUGAGUGUGGGAAAUCUUUUCAGAGUAAGUGUAGGCUUAUUGAACACCAGAGAAUUCACACAGGAGAAAGGCCUUACAAAUGUACUGAAUGUGGGAAAUCUUUUAUUACUAAUUACCUCUUCCGUGUUCAUCAGAGAAAUCACACUGGAGAGAAGCCUUAUGAGUGCAGUGAAUGUGGGAAAUCUUAUACCGCUAGCUCCACCCUCCGUUAUCAUCGUAGAGUUCAUACUGGAGAAAAGCCUUACAAAUGCACCAAAUGUGGGAAAUCUUUUACCGCUAAUAACCACCUCCGUGUACAUCUGAGAAAUCACACUGGAGAGAAGCCUUAUGAGUGCAGUGAAUGUGGGAAAUCCUUUACUAGCAACUCUAGCCUUCAUUAUCAUCAGAGUACUCACAGUGGAAAGAAGCCUUAUGAGUGCAGUGAAUGUGGGAAAUCCUUUACCAGCAGCUCUAGCCUUCGUUAUCAUCAGAGUGCUCACACUGGAGAAAGGCCUUAUGAGUGCAGUGAUUGUGGGAAAUCAUUUGUCCAAAGAAAUCUCCUCAUUAUACACCAGAGAGCUCACACUGGAGAAAGACCUUAUAAGUGCACUGAAUGUGGUAAAUCUUUUACUCAUAGCUCCACCCUCAAUUAUCAUCAGAGAGUUCACAGUGGAGAAAGGCCUUUUAAGUGCAGUGAAUGUGGGAAAUCUUUUAUUAACAUUUCCAAACUGCGUUGUCAUGAGAGAGGUCACACUGGAGAAAGGCCUUAA